UUUCCUCUCCCCCUUCCUUGCGAUUGGUCCUCGCGAGUCAACUCCAAGUCCAUGGCCGUCCCAACUACCCACUCCAGCAGUCUAAGCAACAAGCAGGAGGAGGACACUGUCCAUGGCGAUGAAUCAGUAAAUGGCUUCGUACUCGUACAGGACCGUUGCGAUCCGGGGGGACAGCAGUUCCUCCUCCUCGUCUUCCCCGUCCUGCAUCGUCGAAGUUCUACAGUGCCUGCUCUGCUGCGAAGAAGAAACCCCCGACCGCCGACGAUUCCCUUCCCGUCCCCUCAUCGCCUUCUUCUCAUGGUUCUCCACUGCCAUUACAGAUUGCCUCCUAUCCCGCCGCUCAUCAUAUUCAACCCCCACCAUCACUGCCGCUGCAACCGCAGCUCAGCCCAACAGAAAUCACAGGCCUCCGCUUCCCCCCUCACAGUCGCCGUCGGACGGCCCCACUUCACCGGCUACACAUUCACGCCCUUCUACUGACGCCUCGCAGAUAUUCUACCGCCAUCCCCGGAAUUCACCAUCCAUUAUGGUCCGAAUUCAUGUUGAUGUCGCGAUCGAGUAUCGGAAUCCUCCUCCACCCUCGCCGCCCGAUCGCCCCAUUUCAACGGUUACAGAUUCAAGCCCGCAGGUCCGCCGCCGCCGCCCCCGGAAUUCACCAUCCACUGGGGUUCGAAAUCAUGGCAGGGUCGAGGAUCAGGAUCGUCGUCGUCAUCCUCCUCCUCCUCCUCCUCCUCCUCCUCCCCCCCCUCCCCCUCCCCCUCCCCCUCCCGAGACGAGGCUCCCAGCUAACCUCGGCGAUUAUGUCCUCGACGAAGGGCCGGGGCUGGAGCAGCUGAUCCAGCAGCUGGCCGAGAACGACCCGAACCGGUACGGGCCCCCACCCGCAUCGGAGUCCGCGGUCAGGGCGCUGCCGUCCAUCAAGAUCACCCAAGAGCUGCUUAAUUCUUCGUCUGGGUUGAGUCAGUGUAUAGUGUGUCAGGACGAGUUCGACCAGGGCUCGGUGUUGCCCUGUAAGCACGUCUACCAUCGCGAUUGCUUGUUAAAGUGGCUCAGCUCGCACAACUCGUGUCCAGUCUGUCGGUUGGAGUUGCCGACGGACGAUGCCGAUUACGAGAUCACUAGAAGAGCUCGGUCGCAAAGGAGCCACCCCCACCAUUGACGGGGUCGUUGCGGUUGGGGAUGAUCAAAUGCAGCAAGUGAUGACAUUGACACUUGACGGGAUGGAUUGGAGGAGCACCUGAAUCUUGAUGGCUUGGCUUUGGCUUUGGCUUUGGCUUUGGCUUUGGUGUGGUUUUGGUUUACCUCUAAAAUGGUUGUUGAUUUAUAUGUUCCACAUUUUGUCUAUCAAAAAAUAUGUGGGAAAACCAAUAUGAGUCGAUUUUUAAAGAGGGUGUAGCUCAGUACCGCACGUUUUUAUCGGAUGACCAAUAUGUCCCAAAUUCGAUGUCCAUAUAGGAUUAUCCA